UCCCUGCUGGACCCGAAAACCCUCGCAGAGUGCUGGCCCCCAGAUGGCUUGAUGCCUGGUUUGUUCCUCUCAGAGAGCAGCUACUGGCAGCUCUGCCCUCCCUCCAAGUCCGGCCUGCAGGGGGGGUUACUGAGCUCUAGUUUCCCCCCCUCCCCCGGCCCCGUGCCCCUGGUGCCCCCAGAUGCUCACCUGCAGGAGGGGGGUGACCCCCUGGACGGCCCCCCCCCCUCUCACCUGCUGCAGCACCGCCCCCUGGCCCCCAGCACCUCAGCAUCUGAGCUGUCCCUCCCCGGGGCCCCGACAGCCCCCCCCCUCUGCGGCCCCGGACCCCCACCUCCCCCUCCCCCCAAACGGCACUGCCGCUCGCUGUCGGUGCCCGAGGACCUGUCGCGCUGCCGCUACACCUGGCGGCCCAGCGCCUCGCGGGUCUGGACUCCCGUCAGUCGCCAGCAGUGUCACGGGGGAGGGGUCACGGCGGGGGGAGGAGUCAUAGGGGUGGGCGUGGUAGGGGGAGGAGCCUGUCCUCUCCGCGCCCCCAGCUCCUCCCUGAACUCGUCGCUGCACUCCUCAUCCAGCCCCACCUUCUUCAGCCUGGCACUGUCUCCGGACUCACCGCUGCCCUGGAGCUUUCCGUGGGACCCCAGCGAGGCAGCGGCGGGGGGCGGAGCCUGUUGCUGCUUCUUCCCCUCGCCCUCCUCCUGCUCCUCCUCGCCCUCCCCCCUACACCCGCCUCCCCCUCCUCAGAGGCGUUUCUCCCUCUCCCCAGUGCUCAUCAGAGACUCGGCGGCGGCAGGAACGUGGAGGCCGCCGCCGCCACCUCCUCCGGUGCCGAGCCAGAUUCCGGCGCGUCCGCCAAGCUGCUCGGCCGUGUCGGCGUCGGGCGGCCCGGUUCCCGCCUCGCCCUCCUCGGCCUGCAGCACGCCGUCGUCUCUGAGGCGGAGUCUGCCUCCGCAGCUGCCGCGCUGCCACUCGCAGCCCUGCGACCUGCUGCUGCUCAAACCGGGUCUGAAGAGACGCCGGGACCCCGACAGACCGUGUGCCAGACCCGUCCUCGACUUCACCAAGAUGACCCAGACGCGCAGCAUCGACCCUCAGUGUCUGGAGCGCGGCGGCGGCAGGCUGGCCUGUGGUGACGUCUUCAUGGGCAUGGAGUCCUUCAUGGGCGACUUCCGGGGCUCCUGCUCGCCGGCCGAGUGCCUGGGCAGGACCAGCAUCGGGCCGCUGAGCGAGAGCGAUGAGGAGUGCCGCGAGGAGGAUGACAACGACGAGGACGACGACGAUGGCGAGGAGGAGGAGGCGCAGGAGCGUGAGGCGGCGCAGCAGGCCGUGUUCGAGAGGGAUUGUACAGAACUGGACUUGAACUUGAUAGAAGAAAACUGAGGCGUUUGUAAAUGGAAGGCUGUUCUCUUGUUUCGUUGUUUUGGAUUUUAGUUUUUUGUAUUGAUAUGAAGCCCCGCCCCUCUCCCCCCCCCACGCACCGCCAUCGUCUCCUUCACGCUGCGCCUCCUUGCCACCAAUCAGCAAGGCUCUCAGGAACAACGCCUUCUCUCAUUGGGUGAGCUGAACGCUGACGACGACGUCGACAGUGAUGAUGUGACUGCCGGACGGUGAAGACUGAAGGAGAGGAGGUUUAGCUUAGCAUCGUGCUAACACACCAGGUACCUGAAGACCCGUCCAGGUGUCUUCCAACACGCUUAACAGUCCGACGAGGCUGCAGCGUCAAACCUACAACGCCAUCGCCACGAUUGGGUCCUUGCACCGCGACACCAGACCUCUACCUCCAGAGAGUAAUAAUAAUAAUAAACCCAAACAGAGACACACACACGCGGUCAUGUGACCUGGGCGUGGUGAUGCGUUCAGGUUGGCUGCUGAUUGGUGGCGUCGUCCUGUCAGGCUUCACUGAGGGCAGGUAGCCACUGAUGCUGUUGUCCACCUUUUGGUGUGUGUGUGUGUGUGUGUGUGUGUGUGUGUGUGUGUGUGUG